AAUAUAUUAUUGGUGGCAUAAAUAGUGUGGUUGUAAGAUCUAAGUCACAGUCUGUUUAGAGAAUUUUAAGGGGUUGUUUAGUAUAGAAAAAAAAUGAAGGGGCUGAUCGUGUGGUUGUUAAUAGUGAUGGUGUUGAAGGGAUCGGAAGGUUUUGCUGCCACUAAAGUUUUUUCACAUCAAAUACAACUGAUUCCAACAAUAAUCUACGGACCUUCUACAUAUCGACAGAGCUUGACCGAAGUAAUAUACACAUUAAUGAACAGCUCUAUGCAGUUGUCUAUCCAACAGGUGCAUCUGACCCAAUCUAAAAUCGAAGUAAUUUAUAGUCAAGUGCAUAAUCAAAUCAUGCGAUCACAUCAAAAUUCUAACGACAUUUUCGAUAAAAUAUUGAGCGACUACGUAGAACUUUUUCAAAGUGACACCAAUAACGAACAUCCGUGUGUUCAGAAGAAUAUGGAAGAGAUGAGAAAUAUUUCAUCGUAUGGUCGUACCAAUGCCUUGAAAUGCGUCGAUUUGGCGAUGAAAGGAAUCAACCAAAUUCAAUACAUGGCAUCACCAUACUUAAAAUCUUUAAAUUCAUCGAUUGAAAGUAUCAACGAAGUGAAUGACCAGUGCAAGCAGUCGUCAAAUCCUAUAUGGAUUGGAAUUUGCGUUGUGGAGAACGUGGAGACAGUAUCGAAUGCUGUAGCGGGAAUAAAUCAUGAUCUCAUCGAAAGUACUAGAUUGGCCACCAUAGAAACGUUAGCAAUUGGACAGAACGUUCAAGAAUGCAUGGAAAAAGCGAUCCUUUCUGUUAGGAAAUCUGUCGAAGACAUUGUAAGUGACAGUAAAAUCUGUGCAGGAAAAAGCUCGAAAUAGUUUAACGAUAAAGCAACUCGUUGCGAUGUGUUAAUGUAAUGUUUAAAUAAAUGGAUUGGAAGCCUAUGUCUC